CGAUAGUGGUUGUAGAUGUGGGGCCGCUGUGUCAUGAGGUGGGUUCUAGCGACCGCGUGGAGUGGAUCUGCACUGAUUAUAAAUUAUCCUGGUUGUUCAGUCUGAAGGAGAUUCACAAGACGGUUGUUUGGUGGUGGGACUCUUCCCUCGUAUUUAGUGAUGGCUGUUCUAAUUGUUCUUAUUGUGGGAGCUGUCUUGACCACGUUAUUGCCCAAAGUUGUGGAAAGCGGAGCUACUGUGGUCCGUAGAGAGCAGGACGUGCACAGAAUCGACACUCGUAAUUCAUUCACCAUCGUGAUGCAGACCUACAACAGGACGGACCUGCUUCUUAAACUGCUGAAUCAUUAUCAGGCCAUUCCAAACCUGCAUAAAAUCAUUGUCGUUUGGAACAGUGUUGGAAUAAAACCGCCAAAAGAUUUAUGGGAUUCACUGGGGCCACAUCCCAUCCCAGUUAUUUUUAGGGAGCAGACGGUGAAUAGAAUGCGAAAUCGCCUGGAACCAUUUCCUGAACUGGAAACCAAAGCUGUUUUGAUGGUUGAUGACGAUAUUUUAAUUAGUGCCUACGACCUUGAUUUUGCCUUUUCUGUGUGGCAGCAAUUCCCAGAUCAAAUAGUGGGCUUUGUCCCUCGAAAGCACGUCACAACUUCUUCAGGAGUUUAUAGUUAUGGGAGUUUUGAGCUCCAGAAUGCAGCAGGUAGAAUUGGUGACUACUAUUCCAUGGUGCUGAUUGGAGCUGCAUUUUUCCAUGCUGGUUAUCUUGAGAAAUUUAAAGUCCAGCUCCCAUCUGUCCACACUUUAAUAGACAAAACACAAAAUUGUGAUGAUAUUGCCAUGAACUUCAUAGUUGCAAAGUACACUGGGAAGCCAUCAGGAGUGUUUGUGAAGCCAGUGGACAUGAGGAAUCUGGAGAAAGAUUCCAAUAGUGGUUUCAAUGGGAUGUGGCAUCGUGCAGAGCAUCUGCUUCAGAGAUCAUGGUGUUUGAAUCAGUUGGCUGCUAUCUAUGGCAGCAUGCCUUUGAAAUACUCCAAUAUCAUGAUCUCACAGUUUGGGUUUCCUAACUAUGCAAAUCACAAAGCAAAAAGCUGAAGCAUAGUUUUGAACAACUGCUAGUGCAUCAGUUGUGAUUACAAAUAUUAUGCAGCGCGGUGGAGAAAGGACACAAACAUUGGCCUCUGAUUUUUGAAAGCAAUGAUGCUUUUCCUCUGCUUGUUCAGCGGAGAGAGAUGCACUAGGAGUGAAUAUUUUGUUUCCACAUUUAAUGUGAGGUGACAUUAUUGGGACAGAUGCUGUAUUGUGUAACUCUGUAGAUUUUACAACUGCUAUAAGCCUUCCUGUAACUGUCCUGCAGAUGCUUUAAUUGUGAGCAUUUUGCUAUUUUAAUAACUACCAUUAUCCUUUCUGUCUGAGGCAGUCAUGGUCUUAUGGAGUUUAAAACAGCUAUUGCAGUUAGCGUGUGGAGCGGCCAAUUUUGUACUGUUACAGUAAUAGCAUCUUUACCAAUCAUUGGACUGUUGUACCCAUUGUAAAGAUACUUUGAAUGGUUAUAUGUAUAAUUACUCUGCUUCUUUGGAUCUGCUUUAUUUCACUCAUGUCUUGUAAUUUUUUAAAAAUGUAAUAUUGUUGACUUGAACAUUAUAUAUUCUCAGGACACUAUUAUGAGUAUACAUUUAGUGAAUUAAUAAAUCUUGCAUAA